AUGGACAAAAAGUCAAAAGUUUCCAAAACACAAACGAAGGGGGAUGAGCCUAUUUUAGAUGCGUCCACAUCUGUUGCUCAAACCUCUGUUGUUGAGCCCACUACUCCUGGUGAUCAUGACACCACAACCGGUGUUGUGAAACCCACACCAGCAAAAAACGAAAAGAAACCUUCCAUCUCCAAAAAGCCCACGAAAACAAAACAAAAUAAAAAGGGUCCUCUGGAAGAUGAGAUCCCGGAGAUGGUAAGAUCUCCACCUAACCAAACUCCUCUGGAAUCCUCACAAAAGGAUCAUGUUGUAAGCACGGGGAAACCACAUCAAGAAGCAGACCUUUCACUUGAAAGAAUGCAUAAAAGCCCCUCUCCAAGGGCUAUGUCUCUUUCCACCCCACAACCCUCUCCAUCAAUUCCACGUACAUUUAUACCCUUGCUUAAUGCAAUUGAGCCUCAGAUACAACUCAGCUCCUCUCAACCACCCAUUAUUGAGAGUACACUCCCACAAGUGUCUGAGUCUGAACAAUCUCAAUCUGCUAACCCCCAAGCAUCAAUUGAGGAGGCUACACCCCUUGAGUUUCAAGAAACUCUUGGUGGUAGUUCAAGUGAGCAGCCACUACAACUGGUGAACCCAUUGGUUUUCAGUUGGAAAGUGGUUACAUCUUUAAGACUCCCUUGA